CCUCCUCCUCUCCCUCUCCUCCUCCUCUCUCCCCCUCCCUCUCCCCCUCCCUCUCUCUCUCCCUCUCCCUCUCCUCCGCCUCUCUCCCCCUCCCCCUCCCCCUCCCUCUCCCUCUCCCUCUCCUACUCCUCUCCCUCUCCUCCUCCUCUCCCUACUCCUUCUCCUCAUCCACGCUAGUCCCCCUCCUUUCCCCCCUCCAACGUUGCCCACAACCCAACCCCCAUCUCUCCUCAUCUUCUCGCUCCUCCAUGGAGGAGUAACAUGUGUGUCUGUGUCCCAUCCUGGACCCACAGUGGAGUUCCACAGUGAAUCACACUGGGAGCGGGGGAGGACGACUUCACGGGCCGCCACACAGUGGUGGCCCGUGACAAGGUAAGUUUUAGGUUUAGAUUUUAUAUUUAUCAUACAAGAAGUUUUUAAAUCUCCAAACAGGAGGUGAUACAUUUUCUGCAAGACUCUCACACGUUUUCCUGUUGUUGUUUUUUUCAGCCCCAACUUCUGAUGGCCCCGGGACACAAAACUGAAAGAAGGACGAGAAGAAGAACCCAAAGAUGAGACCCAGCUCCAGCAGACAGGUGAAGACGAGGAACCGAGCCCACCAGAGACGACCCUAGAGACGCCAACCAGCCUGCAAUGAGACGACAGGACAACUUCAUAAGGAGCAAAAUGCACUGCUGCUUCCUGGACACCAAAUGAUUUCAACAGGGAUGGAUCAUCUAGGAGAAAUAAGCCAUUUCGAAGAAAAGAUGAUGGGAAACAUGUCCAGGACCAGUGCAUGAGACGUGAGACCACUCAACUAAUACAAGAGCUCUCUCUCCAAGACACCCACUAAAAUGUAGGAUCAGAUCAAGACAAGAAACUGGAUAAGGAGCAGCCCCAGCAUGUGAACUCAGACUAGGGAAGAGGGGAUGCUGCUUAUAGUGACACAAAAGGAGGAAGUCGGAGUACAAAGCGAAAACCCCACACAGUCACAGAGAGAACGUGAAGAGGAAGAACCAGACGACCAGCAGACAAAGAAACAGUUCGAUCAGCCUCAGGACGAUCGACAACAGAAGAAAUGUGUCCGAGAACAGGAAGAAGAUGACCAAGAGCAUCAAACAGAGAAGAAGAAGAAGACGAAGAAGACGAAGAAGAAGAAGAAGACAAAGAAGAAGAAGACGAAGAAGAAGAAGAAGAAGAGAAGCUCCAGAUUACUCCAAAGGUAUCUCUAGAUGUGGAGUUACGCGUUUAGAUCUGCUGUUCAUGUUCUCUCCCUCCUCUGUACCCUCAUCCCAAAUGGAGGUUUUUUUUCAACUUCCCGGCAACGGGAAGUUUUUUUCCUCCAUAAUGCUACCAAAUGUUGAUCUGAUCAAACAGCAAUAAGAGAACCUUAAAUAAAAAGUCAAAACAAAAGACAUGUAUCUGUUUGUUUAGAAGUUUGACAUUAUAGACCCUUCCUGUAAUUUUAGGUUUUAAAGAACCUUAUUCUAUGAUUAGAAAUUCAUGUUAGUCUGAGAAAAAAAAUCUGUUUUCAAGCCACUGGUUUCUCAUACACACCUGUGACUUCUUCAAAAACACACUAGAUAAUGACAUAAGCAAAUGAAAAUAAUAAAGCAACUCAAAUCACAAAUAGAAAAUAUGAAAUAAAAUACAUCCUAAUCAGAGACACAUCACCCACGACUACA